GGUGUGGCUCUCCACGUCCUAUCUAGGGAAUGUGGAUCGAGGACUUCCUUGUAGCAAAUGGGUGGAGACUCCUGAGCAGGCCGGUUUCUUACUCGUAACACUUCCCUGUUGGCACAGUGUGAAACACAGGCGGCACAGAGGCAGACCACACACUGAACUCUCAGCAGUCUCUCAUUCGGGAUCCACAGCCUGUCCUCUUCAGAAUGCUUUACACUGAGCUGCUGCGCUUGUGGCAUGAGUCGGUGCAGGCCAUUGAUGCCAAGGACUGGGAAGGAGCUCUGGCCAAACUUGAGGAGAUCACAGAACCCUCUUCUUACACGCUGUUCAACACUGCCUCAGCUCACCUGGCCCUGGGGCAGCUGGACCUGGCCCUGAGGGCUCUAGACUUCACCAUUGCCAAGGAUGAACGUCUUGCUGUGGGCUUCUUCCAGAGAGCAGCAGUCAUGAUGCAGGUUGAGAGGCUAGAGGAGGCUCUAUCAGACUGUAUCUGGGCCCAGAAGCACAUGAGAAGUAACAUGGUCAUUGACUACAGACAGCUGGGUCUACGAUUCAAGCUCUACAGCUGGCAGGUGUUAUACAACGCAGCAGCUGCCUACUCUCGAAUGGGCCAGUGGGAGCAGGCCAGGGAAGUGCUAAUGUCGGCCUCCCAGGAGAAAGGAGGAGGACGAGGGGGGAUCAUCGAGGGGGCUUUCGACACUAUUGCGAGUAAGGAGGUCUUGGCUCCUCUCACGGUAUCUGAGGGUGUGGUGUUUCGUCCCAGGAAGCAAGACGUGGAGCAGCUGCAGCAAAGAGACUUCUUGGGGAAGGCAAAGGUGAUUUCCUCCAUGAUUCCCAAUGAUGACUUUGGAGGCUUUGAACCUCUAAGGCUGCAGAAACCUGGUUUCUAUGAGCCCAAGAUGGAUGGAGCUCAGGAUUCCAGAUACAUGCGCAUGCGGGUUCCUUACAUGGCUCGGGGCCCGGGACAGCUGACUGUGCCGGGAGGAGCCAUGGUGUUUUUAUUCGGAGAGGAGGACAGAGAUGGGAUGACAAGCGUCAUAUAUGACGGACAGAGAGGACUCCUGCCAGUGUCCCUGCUUGAACCUGUAGAUGUCAAGAUGUCCAAAGGAAGAAAGAAGGAUAGAGUUCCCAGUGGGAUCCCACUCCCGCCAGGACUCAAGCCACCCACUCGACCACAGUCCCAGACCAGCCACACUGCUCCUCCGCGGGUACAGUACACCACAGACACUCUACCACCGUCCUACACUACUGCCACCCACGCACCACCGGCAGCCUCUGAGCCUCCUAAGUAUACAGCCAACGCAGCCAGCAACCAGAAUGUCUCACCUCAAGGAGCCGAGGGGGACUCUGUGGUGGUGAAGGUCCACUACGUAUACACUGUGGCUCUGUCUGUCCCUUUGGACAAACCAUACCAUGAACUAAAGGAAGAAAUCGCACAGAAAUUGGGCCAGCCAGCAUCACAGCUGCGCCUCAGACAUAGGCAGCAUGGAUCCCGUGUGCUAACACCACUGGGUGGGGAAGAGCAGCCGGGCCGCACUAUACAAGAGAUAGCAGAGGCCGGCAGAACCACUCUGUGGUGCCAGGUUGAAGACCCGUUGGCCAAUCGUACCAUCCUCUACCAGAUGGUGGCGCUGUAUGACUAUGCUGCUCAGGGCCCAGAGGACCUGGAGUUCAGCGAAGGAGAAACCAUUGACAUCUUGGGUGAAGUUAACGAUGAGUGGCUGGAGGGACACUGUGCAGGAAAUAUUGGCAUCUUCCCCAGCUGCUUUGCCUACAGAGAGAACGAUAUCAACGAGAGCUAGGAGGUUUGAAUGGAGACGUGUUUCUGGCUGGCAUCUCUAACAAACUCACUGACCUGUAACUCCAGGUCCCAGAGGAACCUGAAAGCCCUCAAGCUGAUUGGUUGAGAAGGAGAAUAAAACAAACAUAGUACCUACAAUUUCAAGAGAGACAAGAGAGGAUUUUGCACGCUGCUAUGUGUGAGCCCUAAAGGAAAAUAAUGCAGUUUUUGUGUUUGAUACAAAGACUACAUUCAUGUUACAUCUGCUGUCCCUUCCUGUUUCUAUUUACCAUGCCAUCACUACAAGACUCAUGUUGUAUCCUAUAAUAUGCAAAUGAGAGUUUAUACUGAACUUACUGAAGCUCACAAUAUAUUUUUCUGAUGUUGCUGAUAUGGUCAGUUAUUCUCCUAAGGUCCUGAAGCAGUUGGCUGAACCCCAAUGUUUCCUCGUUAAUUGUGUAAUGAAGAUUUAAGCAAAUGUUAUUUCGAGGAAAGCAGUUUAUAUACACAGACAAUGAAAAGAGAAGUUUUGAAGUUUUAAAGAAUGCAAGGGAAUGCAGGGGAAAUGAAAUGUAUAUGUAUUGGUCCUAUAUUGGUCCAUGUAAUGCAAACUAUAUCCGAAAUAACACCUUUGCUGAAGUCAAAUAUUAAAAAGUUGCUAAAAUCAAAGAUUUAA